CUCGAUGGGAUGAUGUCAAAGGAGUGACAAGCACAAAGUCGCAAAAAAAGGUUGGAGCUUGCUAUAGUUGGCCCGUGCGUUUUGCACAAGCUGCUGGUGCUACUGCUCUUUGGCCCGAGGAAGGGUGGGGACCCGCUCUCGUCGGCACGCCAGCUUGCCCAUCUCAACCGCUUUGUUCAAUCUUUUUUUCUUAUAUCGCAGUGUAUUUUUUUUCUCGCAGUGCAUCACAUAUUAUCACAAUGACUGGAAAAUUCGAACCCAAGACUCCCGUCGUCCUCAACCCUCCCAAGGAUGACCCCAUCACCCUCGAAGAGCUCGCCAAAGCCAACGGUGUGGACAGCGACAAGUGUUACGUUGCGAUCAAGGGCAAGGUUUACGAUGUGACGGGUAACAAGGCUUACCUCCCCGGCGCCUCUUAUCACGUCUUCGCUGGCAAGGAUGCUUCCCGCGCUCUCGGCAAGACAUCCACCAAGGAGGAGGAUGCUGUUGCCGACUGGAGCGUCUUGACGGACGCCGAGAAGAAAGUCCUCGAUGACUGGGUCACAUUUUUCUCAAAACGAUACAACGUUGUGGGUGUUGUUGCUGGCGCCACAAACAUGGAGUAAUACCAUUCAAUACAAUCAUUCUUGUCAAGCCACACGUGCUCAAAUCCAACAUCUUUCAUACACCCACCCCCGUACG